AGUUUUAGGGGAAACAGUUAUGCAAGAAAUCACCCCAAAAAUGCGAUAAAAUCGUGUUAAAAUCGUUAAAAAGUUCUUGUUUUAUGUAGAAAUAUUACUCACAAUACGCUUAUGUGGACUGCGGUAAGCAAAACGGUCCGUGGCGGAACGGCGAUAGCGUUUCGCCGGAAUUUCUGCACGCCGGUAGUAAACAUCUUCGAUCGCAAAGCGAAAAGAUUGCAGCGGGAACGUGCCGCACGAAGAGAUGAUGUGGAGCUGUACGAUUACAUCAAAGAGGAGGUCGGAUGGCGGUUAUCGGACCGGAUAUUUGAUAUCAAACGCCAGUUUCAGAAUGCCGUCGAUCUGGGGGCGGGCCGUGGAUACGUCACGAACAACGUGCUCGGUGAGACGGUUCAGCGACUCACUGCCAUCGAUCUAAGCCCAACGAUGCUGGCACAAAUCAAGGGCACACCCGGGUUGGACUUUACCGUGCAGGAGAUGGACGAGGAACGGUUCGCGUUCGAGGAAAACUCACUCGAUCUCGUAGUGUCGAGCAUGAGCAUGCACUGGGUGAACGAUCUCCCUGCCUGCUUUCGGGCCGUAAACCGAUCCCUAAAGCCCGAUGGCGUCUUCAUUGGAGCCAUGUUUGGCGGUGAAACGCUGUACGAACUUCGGUCGGCUCUGCAACUAGCGGAACAGGAACGUCGCGGUGGACUCUCGCCACACAUCUCACCCUUCACGCAGAUCCGUGAUGUGGGGAUGCUGCUGAACCGUGGUGGAUUCACCCUGCUGACGAUCGACACAGAUGAACUGGUCAUCGGGUAUCCAUCGAUGUUUGAACUGAUGUACGAUCUGAAGGGGAUGGCGGAAAGCAAUGCCGCCUUCAAUCGGCCACUACACAUCGGACGUGAUACACUGAUGGCGGCCGCUGCCAUCUACCAGGACAUGUACGCACGGGUUAGCAAGAACGAUGCCAACGAAGAGCAGCAUGGGGUUUCGGCGACUUUCCAAAUAAUUUUCUUCGUUGGCUGGAAACCGUGCGCCAGCCAACCGCAACCGGCUGAACGUGGUUCGGCGACGGUUUCAUUCAAGGAUCUUGGUGACGUCAUAACAAAGAAAAAACAAUAAAUCCCUAGCAGCCUUGUCA